UUUGUCUUCUGGGGAUCGUGAAUGUAGCCUACAAAUGUUCGUAUCAUCUAUUCUAUCAGACCAAAAUGGCGGACCAACUGACGGUCAAACGGUCGAUGCUGUGGUGGAGGGGUGGGUUCCCAAACAGGUAACGUUAGGGCGGGCCCUGCUGCUGUCUCCCCCCCGCCUCGUGUUGUUAAAUAUCUCGACGAAAAAGGGGCUGGACAACCCCCCCGACUACCAGCGGGGAAGCCACGACAUGUGUCCAGUGUUUAUGUGUUUAUGUGCAGCCGAGUAGGGACAGGGUUAAGCGGUAAAUCCAUCGGUGUGUGUGACCGUUGGUUUGGGCUCCGAGCAGAGCAGACGCGGGAAUGGAGCAGAGCGAAGGGGACGAGAAUGAGAGCGGCUCCUCGUCCCAACAAAAUACGAUGUGGAAACAGUUUCAAGCCAAAGCCAAGCCGCUGCUGAGCCCCAAGCUGGGCUCCAGGGACCCCGAGGAGAAGAAGGAGAGGGGCAUGUGGAUGUUCAAGAAGAUGAAAUGGAAGGAAAACGUCGCGCUGGACCGGGUGAUCUCGUCCUCGCAGCCCGACCUGCUCUUCUCCUCUCAGGUGGAUGUGGAGGCGAAGGAGGCGCAACUCUGCGGCAAAGCGGCCGGGAGCGGCCCCGGGAGCGGGCUCGGCAGGGAGAAGCUGCCGUCGCACAAGUCCGCCAUCCCGAAGAAGCCCACGGUGGCUCAACUGGUGCAGUCCCACCACAAGAGCUCUUCUCUCGGGUCAGCGUGCCUGGAGAGGCUGGCCGAACCCCCGCGCGGCGGCGGCGGCGACGGCAGCGGCGGCAGCAGCAGCGAAGGAGGCGAAGGAGGCGAAGGAGGCGAAGCGGCAGUUGCCGCAGCAACAGAAACACCGCUGGAGAGCAGCGAUGAACAGCCGGGUACGGCUGCUCCAUGCUCCUCGGGGGUCACGUCCGAGCGAGCCGUCCCCAGCUCAGGGAUGUACAAGCUGGACAUUGAGCUGAAGAGAGGACACAAUCUGGCCGUCAGAGACAGAGGAGGCAGCAGUGAUCCGUAUGUCAAGUUUAAGCUCGCUGGAAAAGAGGUGUUCAGAAGCAAAACCAUCCACAAAAACCUCAACCCAGUGUGGGACGAGAAAACAACUUUAAUAAUGGACUGUCUGAGUGACCCGCUGUAUGUAAAGGUGUUUGACUACGACUUUGGCCUUCAAGACGACUUCAUGGGUUCUGCCUACCUCUACCUCGAGUCCCUCGAGCAGCAGAGGACGAUACCUGUAACUCUGGUGCUGACGGACUCGCAGCACCCGGAUCAGGACCUGGGCACCCUGGAGCUGGCCGUCACCCUGACACCUAAAGAUAGUCCCAUAGAGGAGCGAAGAGACUCAACCCAGCAGCAGUCCAUCCGUCUCUCUGAGCUGCAUCGGAAAUCUCAGCUGUGGCGAGGGAUCGUCAGCAUCGCGCUGAUCGAAGGCCGGAACCUGAUCCCCAUGGACCCCAAUGGUCUCAGUGACCCCUACGUCAAGUUCAGACUGGGACCCCAGAAAUACAAGAGCAAGACGGUGCCAAAGACCCUUAGCCCCCAGUGGAGGGAGCAGUUUGACCUCCACCUGUAUGAAGAGAGCGGAGGAGUGUUGGAGAUCACCGUGUGGGACAAAGACACGGGGAGGAGAGACGACUUCAUCGGACGCUGCCAGUUGGACCUCUCCACUCUGUCCAAGGAGCAAACUCAUCACCUGGAGCUGGCCCUCGAGGAGUCCCGUGGCUACGUGGUGCUGCUGGUCACGCUGACCGCCUCGGCGCACGUCUCCAUCGCAGACCUGUCCGUCACACCGCUGGACGACCCGCUAGAGCGCAGCGAGAUACUCAAGCGAUACGGUGUGAUAAAGUCGUUCUCUAACUGGAGAGACGUGGGCAUCGUGCAGGUGAAGGUGAUGAGAGCCGAAGGACUCAUGGCUGCCGACGUUACCGGAAAGAGUGAUCCCUUCUGUGUGUUGGAGCUGAAUAACGACCGGCUGCAGACUCAUACGGUUUACAAGAACCUGAAUCCCGAGUGGAACAAAGUCUUCACUUUCAACGUUAAAGACAUUCACUCGGUGUUGGAGGUGACAGUGUUUGACGAGGACAGAGACCGGAGCGCUGACUUCCUGGGGAAAGUGGCCAUCCCGUUGUUACAUAUCCGUAACGGUGAGCAGAAGAGCUACGUGUUGAAAAAUAAGGAGCUGACAGGGCCGACUAAAGGAGUCAUCUACCUGGAGAUAGAUGUCAUCUACAACACUUUUAAAGCUGCUUUAAAGACUGUUGUCCCUGCAGAGCAGAAAUACAUCGAGGAAGAACCAAAAGUGUCCAAGCAGUUGCUCCAGCAGAACUUUAACCGUGUGAAGAGGUGCAUCAUGGUCCUGAUCAGCUACGGGACGUAUAUCAACAGCUGCUUCGAGUGGGAGUCUGCGCAGAGAAGCAUCGUCUCCUUUGUGCUGUUCGUGGUGGUGGUCUGGAACUUCGAGCUCUACAUGUUGCCGCUCGCUCUGCUGCUGCUGCUCGUCUGGAACUACUUCUUCUCCUCGAGCAGGGAAACGGCUGACUCCGCGGAGGCCGUGUUCGACUGGGAGGAUGAAGAAGAGGACAAAGAGGACAAGGAGUCGGAGCCCAAGGGCUUCAUGGGUAAACUGUACGCCAUCCAGGACGUGUUCAUCAGCGUUCAGAGCGCUCUGGACGACGUGGCUUCCUACGGAGAGCGGAUAAAGAACACCGGUAACUGGACAGUGCCUUUUCUCAGCUGGCUAGCGAUUGCUGCCUUAUGUUUGGCCACAGUCCUCCUCUACCUCAUUCCUCUUCGGUACCUUGUGCUGGCGUGGGGUGUGAAUAAGUUCACCAAGAAGCUGCGCGAUCCGUACAUGAUCGACAACAACGAGCUGCUGGACUUCCUGUCCAGAGUUCCCUCUGAUGUUCAAGUGAUGCACUACCGUGAGCUGAAGGUCGACCCCGGGCAAAGUCCCAACAAACGGCGAAGGACGAACCCGAGUUAGUUCGUCAUCGUCAUCCCCUCAGCUCCUGUAAACUCUGUAAACUACGUUAUUUAUAUAUUUCUGGUAUAUUUUAAACAAUUACGAAGAAGUCGUAACCCUUGAGUUGAUUUCUGUUUUGUUACUGUGGAAAGAUUUAUUUUCUAAAUCCUGUAAAGAAAUGACGUUAACGUUUUUUAAUCGGUUUUAUUUUCUUAAUGUUCUGAAUGUUUGUUACACACAUGUAUGCAUGUAUGAAGGUAUCUGUUACCUAAAGCUGGGGUUGGCAGCUUUUUUUAGGGCCAAGAAUCCCAUAAUAACCUUUUUAACCUAUUAAAAACUAGACUUCUGCUGCUCUUCUUGGCUGUUGUUUUCAGACUUUAGAAACUCUAGCCCAUGACGGGAGAGCUCGCCCAAUCACAGGUCAUUUCAGAGAAAGAGGGCGUUCCUAUUGGCUGUUCUAUAAACGCAGAUGUGUGUGUGUGUGUGUGUGUGUGUGUGUGUGUGGGUGUGCUUCCCUUCUUUUGGUGAAAGCCCGAAUCAAUGGAGGAAAGUCCUGCAGAAAAAGUUCCAACAUCCGUGUGUAUAUGCAGGUUUUUUUAAACACUUGUAAAGCCUCUAAGAAAUAGCCAAUAGACUCCCUAUUACAUUAAGCCCCGCCCACUGACUCUAUACACGAUGUGAUU